AUGAGCUCAUUCGCUUCCUCUAUUUCAAAAGUCUUCUAUGGGACCUUUAUCCACUCCGUGUCUAUCAAGGAAAUCGAGUAUGUUCCUAAUGGCCUCCUCUUCGUCGAUGCUCACGGAAGAAUUGCAAAAAUCGUCAGGAAUGUGCCGAAGGACCAGUUUCGAGGCGCCCUUGAUGGCGUAGAGGAAUACAAGCACGCCCCGCAAUUCGCCUACUGCGGGAACGGACACGAUAUUCCCCUCCUCGAAUGGCUCGAUACCUUGACAUUCCCACACGAGGCCAAGUUCAAGGAUGCCAGCUAUGCUCGCCGCGUCUACACAAAAGCAGUGGCUCGUUCCCUCCGCAAUGGAACAACAUCCGCCUGCUGGUUCGCGACUAUCCAUCUCGAUGCGACCAAAGAGCUCGUCAAAGUGAUCGAGGAACAGGGUCAGCGAGCGUACGUGGGCAAAGUCAACAUGAACCAAAACUCACCCGACUUCUUGAAGGAAACCACACAAUCUUCCGUCGCCGACACAAGGGCUUUUAUUGAGUACGUCAACGCCAUCAACGACGCCCAGGGUUUCGAUACCAAGCCUCUGGUGACCCCAAUCAUCACACCCCGUUUCGCCAUCUCGUGCACGUCAGACCUUUUGACAGAGCUUGGAAAGCUGGCCGCCGAGUUUGAUAUUCCUGUCCAGUCUCAUCUCUGCGAGAACUUGAAGGAGAUCGAAUUCACCAAGUCUUUAUUCCCCAACUCGACCGACUAUACCUCUGUCUACGCGGAUCAUGGACUACUCACUCACCGGUCGAUUAUGGCGCAUUGUGUGCACAUGAAGGAUGAGGAACUGCAAUUGAUGAAGGACAAGGGGGCGGGCGUCUCGCAUUGUGCCAGCUCCAACUUCAAUAUUAAGUCAGGAUUGGCGAACGUCCGUAAGAUGGUGGACAUGGAUCUCAAGGUUGGAUUGGGAACGGACGUGGCUGGGGGGUUCUCGUCUUCCAUCUUGGAUGCCUUCCGGACGGCAAGAACCUGUUCAAUCGCAAGGAGCCCUGCCGACUCACUUUUGGUCCCUGAGCUCUUCUAUCUCGCAACCGUAGGAGGAGCACGCGUUAUGGAACUGGAGGACACGAUUGGCAAUUUUGUGGUUGGGAAGGAGUUUGACGCGAUCUUGGUCAACACCGCAGCAAAGUACUCGCCGCUGGAUGUUUUUGAGCACGACACGAUCUGCACCAAGUUUGAGAAGUAUCUCUUUGUUGGGGACGACCGCAACAACGAGAAGGUGUAUGUCCAGGGCAAGGAGGUCCGCCUUCCCGAUGUUUGA